AUGUCCUCUUCUCUACGCAAGCCCCGUGCCCCCUUCAUGUACACCAACGCAGUGUACUGGCCAAAUUAUCGAGUAUACAACGGGGACACACCAGGCCAACUGAACUAUGGCUGCAUCAACCGCGUCUACUACGCUUUUGCCAGCGUGACGGCGGACGGAGGCGUAUUUCUCAGCGACGAGUGGGCCGAUGCCGGGGCUCCUUGUGAUGGCGUCCACGGCGCGUUGGGGUCCCUGAUGCACCUCAAGCAGCGGUAUCCGCACUUGAAGGUGGUGCUCUCCAUCGGUGGCGGUGACUCGGCCGAGACAUUCCCCAUCGUGGCGUCCAACGCCGUCCUCCGGGACAAGUUUGGUCGAUCGGCCCGGGGCCUGAUUGAAGCGUCGGGUCUGGAUGGCAUUGACGUUGUAUGGGAAUACCCAUGCACCCCAGAGCAGGGGAACGACUUCCUCGCCUUGGUUGCAGCGAUUCGAAUCCACCUCCCCGAGGACCGCUACCUGCUGACCGCUGCACUCCCGGCCGCGAAACCCGUGCUACAAAACAUCGACCUACGGCAAGCUGCGGAGUACCUCGACACGCUCAAUCUGACGGCAUACGACUUCUUCGGCCAAUGGACGCUCAAGAGCGGCCACCACGCCCAGCUCUACUCGACCAACAAGGAUGAGCCGUCGGGCGACUUGGCGGUCAGGCACCUCCUUGCCUCAGGCGUGCCUGGGAGGAUGAUCCUGCUGGGGAUACCGCUCUUUGGGCGCAGCUUCCUCCAUGUUGCCGGACCGGGCCACAAGAACCGGGGCGUUGGCGGAAGCGACGGGACGAUUGAGUACAGCCAGCUUCCCCGGAAAGGGACCAGGGAACAGGUGGACAGGAGGGCGAUCGCGGCACAGUGCGUGGGUGCCGACGGCGGGUUCGUCACGUACGACAACCCCGAGACGGUCCAGGUGAAGGCUACGUAUUGCAAGCAGAAGGGUCUCGGGGGGCUGUUCUACUGGAGCGCACCGUCGGAUGCGAAAGAGAGCAAACGGAGCCUCAUCACGGCCGGCUUCAAGGCAUUCCACAGCUCUUGA